AUGGCGUCGAAUAAGAAGAGUGGUGGGAAUAGCAGAUUUGAGAAAGGUGUGAAUGGAAGACGCUCAUCCAAACAUAAAGAGGGUCCAGUGGCUGCUGACACUGACAGGACCCACCUGAACAGAGAGGAGACAGACAUGGACAGAGCCUUGAACUCAGAAGCUGUGAUGGAUACCAAGGCAGUGUUUGCAGCUCUUUACGGCGUGUGUGAAGAGAAUGCCGCCUUCUUCUCAGGAGGGGCCAAGCCAUCACAGGGUGAUGCGGCCAGGCGACUGGUUGAAACAAUGAACCUCAUCCAGGAGCACGCUCGCAGUCUGGAGCCUGUGAUCUCUGGCUUUGCUGCAGUAUACCAUCAUUUUGACUUUGAUCCACAUAUACCUGCUAAUGGUUAUCGCUCUUUGGUCAAGGUGGUGCGUUGCUGCCUUCUCCACAUCAUCCACAAGGGGCGCUACAUCACCGCCAACAGACGCAGCAUUUUCUUCCGAGUAGCUCACAAUGCGGGAGAGAUGGAGGCCUACUGCAACGCCCUGUGCCAGCUGCGCGCCCUGCUCUACCUGGCCCAGCGCAUGCUACAUGACAACAGCCACGGCAACCUCUUCUUCCAGGAUGAAAGUGGCCUCAGCGAGAGCUUUGUCCGCGAAUACUCGUCAAUGCACAAGGGGUGCUUCUAUGGCCGUUGCCUGGGAUUUCAGUUCACUCCAGCCAUCCGGCCCUGUCUCCAAACCAUUGCUAUCGGCCUCGUGGCCUUUGGAGAAAACUACAGACGCCAUCAGUCAGGAAUAGGUGUAGCAGCCAGCUCUUUCUUUACCUCAGGGAAGUACGCCAUCGACCCAGAGUUGAGAGGGGCAGAAUUUGAACGCAUUACACAGAAUCUGGAUGUCCAUUUCUGGAAGACGUUCUGGAACAUCACUGAGACCGAGGUGCUGUCGAGUCUCGCCAGUAUGACCUCAACUCAAGUGAAGGUGAACCGCGCUCUUUCUGUGCCUCCUGUGCCCUUUGAUCUUCCCCUGGCGACCAACCACAGUGCAUCUGUAACCAUAGCUCCACCAUCAGCACACAUCGGCGCUGCUCCUGUUCAGAUGAGGCUCAUCUCUUAUGACUUACGUGAAGGACAGGACAGUGAGACUCUGUUAUCUAUGUCCCGCUCUGAGGGGGGCGCCAUCUCACUAUCACUGGGGCUGAAGACCAAACGCCUCCCUCCGUCUCCCUGCCUCCUGGUCCACUUCCAUGGGGGAGGCUUUGUGGCCCAGACCUCUAAGUCUCAUGAGCCCUAUCUGAAGAGUUGGUCCCAGGACCUUGGGGUCCCCAUCCUGUCAGUGGACUACUCUUUGGCCCCUGAGGCCCCUUUUCCCAGGGCUUUGGAGGAGUGUUUCUAUGCCUACUGCUGGGCUCUAAGGAACCACCACCUACUAGGCUGGACAGGAGAGAAAGUGUGUGUGGCCGGUGACAGUGCGGGAGGCAACUUGUGUUUGACAAUGUCAAUGCGCGCUGCUGCCUUUGGUGUGCGAAUACCAGAUGGCAUCGUGGCAGCCUACCCGGCUACCCUGCUGACUGCCUACGCUUCACCCUCCCGUCUGCUAACACUUAUGGAUCCCCUGCUGCCACUCAGUGUGCUCUCCAGGUGUCUUAGCGCCUACGCAGGCAAUGAGCCACAGGCAGAGAAGCAGGUAGAGAAAGUGAGCACACUGAGCUUGGUAAGGAGAGACACAGCUCUGAUGCUCCGAGAUUUCCGACAGGGAGCCUCCAACUGGAUCCACUCUCUGCUGGAUUCCAACAGAGCCUCAGCCUCCCCCAGCACAGAUGCAGAGGCGCCACCAGGAGCCACUGACACAGUAAGGAAGAGCAUAUCAGAGGCGUCCAUUUCUUCUCGUCACGCAGAUCCCCCUGUACCAUCAGAAUCCUCUGAGUUCCCCACCAGGAAAUUAUCUGUGAAGAGCCAGACUUGCCAGGACUUGGGCUCCCACAAUUCCACCUCCAACAGUGCACCGCUUCUCUCUGAGCGCACUCCAGAAGAUGUAAAUUUCUUCCUUUCCAAGGAAGCGGAUUCCUCCAUAUCCAGCGACCUGUCAUCAGUGGCCAUACCACCCCCUGUUUGUGAGGAGGGAUCAGAGUCGGAGUACCCCAGGGAGUUUCCCCUGGGAUUCGAACCACUGCGCUCAGAGCAGCUGGCUGAAAUGAGGGUGGACACCUCUCCAGUGGUCAAGGAUCCGUUCUGCUCCCCUCUGCUGGCUCCUGAUAGCAUGCUCAAAGGACUGCCACCUGUACAUAUAGUGGCUUGUGCAUUAGACCCCAUGCUGGAUGACUCUGUGAUGUUUGCCAAGCGUUUGAGGAACGUAGACCAGCCUGUCACUCUGUGCAUAGUGGAUGACCUCCCCCAUGGCUUCCUCAGCCUAUCGCAGCUCUCCAAGGAAACGAGGGAGGCUGCUAAUGUCUGCGUGGAGCGAAUUCGUGCUGUCUUUACCCAGGAGGAGACACCCCCUGAACCACGCAAGCACCGCAAGCUGGAACGGACCGAUAGGGGUGUGUCGGCCUCUUCUGGAGAAGCUGAUUCUCUCUUUGUCGGCCCCAUAGAGGAAAGCGAGCUAGCUGUUGGGAAAGGGGCUAAAAUUGCUGACGGGGAGGGGUUAGUUGCUGUGGCAGCCCAGAAUAACAGUGACGCUGGUGGAAUUGGGGCUUAAAUAAGGUUAGAUUAAAAAAGAGAGACUGCAGUUCACCCGAGUGAAGGGAGGAAGAGAGGAUGACGGUCAGACAAAUUUAGGUAAUCCAGUGCCUAAAAGGGGAGAGAGAAAGCAUCCAGAAAAACAGUAAAGAUGGGUGUGUGGGGUGUGGGUGUGUGAGUAUGGGAGAUUGCUCAGUUUUUGAGAGACAGAAAAAUAGUAAAGCAGCACUGAAAUACAGCUUCCUCUGCUUCACAAUCCAUGCCGUUUGUCUGUGCACCAUCAGCAUGCACUGACACAAAUCUGGCAGACAAAACGAGCACACACACAAAAGACAGCCAUGUUUUAAAAUAAAAUAGUAAUUUACUGUAGCAACUACUUAGAUCAAAGACCAGCACUCACCCACACAUGCAGCACACAUACUUAACACAGUUGCUGUUAGGCAGCAGAAUCUCAGACACGAGGCAGCGCAGAAGGUUCUUGAGACAAACCUGAAUGGGUAAUUCAUCCAGGCCAAGGCAGUCAUUGAGGCUCUAAUCAGAUACAGGAAGGCACACUAUAUGCUUCUGUAUAGAGUCAUCCUCAUCAAAAUGGCUACUUGUCCUUUAGGGAGCCACUCUAAAUCACACUUAAUAACUCCACAUUGUGUUCUCCAUUACACCAGUUUGGGAGUCAAUACAGCUCACUUUGUGGCUAGUAUGUCUGUUGACUGUCUCCCAAACAGAUUUACCGAGCUCAAACACAACAGACCGAAAGGCUCUAAACUGGAUGAAUUGAUUUACUCGCUCCUUGAGAUUCUGUUGCAGUUUUUAAUCAUAAUAUUAAUCCUUGCAGUACUAUUAUUUUUGUUAUUUAUAUCAGUUUUCUAUUAGGGGUGGAACGUUUCACAAAAUCCACGGUUCAGUUCAUAUCAUGGUUUAGGUUCGGUUCGUUUUAUGUUGUUCUUUUCUGGGGGGAGGGGGUGUCAUCAAGGCAAGAGCGCAAUACAGAUUAAUAGAAAAAAUCCUUAGUUUAACACUAACUGACAGUCAUGUAUCAAAGAAACUUUUAAAUUAGUGCCUCAGAUGAAUUAACAUUAUUUUACACACACUGACAGCAUGAACACAGGCGGGGGUCCGGGAUUCCCCCCGCAGAAACACGUCAUCGGGAGGGAUUCCCACCUGACCGGCCCUAAUUGAUGGAGGAAAAGAUGAUAACAAUAUGAAGAGCUGUCACAUGAAGACCAUCUUGUGUAUCCUACCAUUUGUGUUAUUGUGUAGUUUGGCUGCUUUGCUAUAAUCUACCUGUAUCUGGAGAUGGUGAGGCUCUCUCAGGUCAGUAGCUGCCGGUGCUCGUACUGUUGGGAAGCUUGGCACGGAGCAAAAGCCUCCAUCCUACAUAAGUCCUACGUAUAAUAAUGUAACGCCUCCGCGUCGUGCCAAAUGAAAAAAACAAACUUCACUGGGUUAUUGGCAAGGCUUAAGUUGCGUGUGUCAUGAACCGAACAAACCGAACGGGACGAAUUUUUUUAAUGAACCGUUCCACCCCUAUUUUCUAUUGCUGUAUUAUAAUCCAUGAAUCAUUACAGAUCUGUUUCUUGAUUUGUACACUAUUUUGUUUGUUUAAUGUAAUCUUAUGCUGUUUAUUCUACAUUUUGGAAUUUGCUCAAUAUUUACCUCUGCUUCUUAAGCAACAGCUGCUCUGACAUCCCUGGCCUUUCCAAUUAAAUGUAUGUUUUACUCUCAGUAAUGCAUACUUAUAAGAUAGAUAAAUGUAGAAUAUUACACAGGGACAAAGUGCCCUCUCUAGAUGCUGCCUUGUGGCCAUAUUACUAAUGCAAUGAUUACAUUUUAUUGAUUGCUACAGUGAAAUUUGUGGAGAUGCACUGAGGUGCAUUAAUUUAUGAUCACAAGUACUUGAAGUCUUUCAAGAACAACUAUAGCUAUCAGAUCUUUUGGUAGAUGCAAAAUAUCUUUAUUUUCAUUAUUUUAAAACUGGAAAAUGUUGCUCAACAUUCCCCUACUGCACAACUGGAGUAAUUGAGAUGGGGGCAGCAAAAAGCCCAGCUUUCCACUAUCCAUACACAUUUAAACUUCAUUGCACUGAUAUCCUCUCAGGUUGUCCCUGUUCUUUGCCAGGCGUUAUUGCGCACUACUUCUCUGUACAGUAUGCAGUGUGUCAAACUACCACUUCUCUCAAGUGAGGGGAUUUCCUGCCUGACAACCUGCUUCUACAAGUCAGAGUUUUUAAGGCAAAGCUUGAGGGCCAAGAAAAUAGAUUGUAAGAGUGCUGUGUAAAUGCCACUGAACUUAAAGUGGCUGGCGGUCCAGAGUUUUGCUCCCCACCAUCAUAUUUGAGGUUGAUUUCAUCUUCAAUAACCCGAGGCCCACUCCUCUGAGCGUUUUGCCACUGAAGCACUUUGAAGUACACAGAAACGUCCUUUGGAGGGUCAGUCCCUCUAUCAGGUCCAACUAAAUAUAGAUGCCAAAAAUGCUGGCACUGUCCUGCCCUUGCUUGGUAACAGGGCUGGGGUUGCCAGGUCUGUAGAGAGAGAUGCUGUGUGAUGAAUAGGAUUUAGCUGAAGCUCCGAGUGCAAAAUCCUUCCCCCCGUAGAAGAGCUGGAUUUUCAGCAGAAAGUCAUGCUACCGGAUUAGACCAUGCUCAGUUCUGUCAGCUCUGAGUACUUACUGCAAUAUUUUUAGUCAGAUUGAUGGAGAAAACCAGGGCUGUGAAGAGGAAGAAAGUAAUACACUUAUCCCCUCUGAGAUGAAGUUUGCUUUACUAGCCUCUGUUUAUGCUCACUCUGCACAUUUGCGGUAGUUGGUUCGUCGAUCCGUGCAAGUUUAUUUUAGGCUUGAGCUCGUGUUCACGUCAGUUAUUUAAAAAAAAAAAUCUUUGCUUGGUGCCUAUAUGUGUGACUGACUCAUGUGGAGUCUGCAUUCGUGUGACCACUCACUAAAACACUCUAGUCUUUGUGACACGUCAGAAACAUGAACUUACAUUUGGGCGCAUCUUCUUUGUUGGUGCUGUACGUUCACACAAAGAUGGGAAAGGCACUUUACAGUCAAGAGACUAUUCAUAGUAUUAAUCAUCUGUUGUUGAGAGCAACCACUUCGACGUAUUCAAAGCUCUUAAGAAUAACAGUUUUUGUCUGUGAUGUACACCAGUUGGACUUCAUCAUACUGUAAACACUGCAUAUUAAGUCCAGAGUGGUCGGUAUGUGAGCUGUGAGAAAACUUUUUUUUUUUUUUUAUAUAUAAAUGUGUCAAAUCCAUUCACUUGCUGUUUAUUGACCUCUGUAUGCCUCUUACCUUUGAUGAUCACUCAUGCAUUAGGCUAAUGCAAGUGAUGGGCCAUUUGGUAUUUUGGACAGUUCUCCUACAUGUCUGCUGUCAUCAUUUUUUCGUGUAGUUUAGCAGUUUUUGUGGAUUUAGAUGAUGCUUAAAUGCUGCCUGCAACUUUGAGCUGAAAUGUUUUAUUCAGUAUUGUUUUAAUUAACGUUGCUGCAUCAUAGGAUGUUGAUGAUCCACAGAGCAACUUUUUUUUAAAUCACAGAUUGUCUUUUUGAGUAAAAACUAGUAGUGGUAGUUCAGUUUAAUGCUAUUUUUAUUUGAGGUUGUUCGAUUAUCAGAUUGUACUGCAUACCUCUAUUUUUUUCCUCUUUAAAAUCUCUACUCUCAUGUUUUGUUUUGUUUUUAGCCGCAGGCUGAUUUAGCUUAAAUGCAAUGCAAAGUACAACUCCACACAAGAGCUAGCUGCUUCCACCACUAGAUCAAUAUAUAAGAAAGCUAUGCAGUUGCACAACAGAAACCCAUAUUUCUUCUUGUCUGAGUGUUUUUGUUUCCUCUAUCAGGAAUGCAGUGGUGCCCUUUCAUACUGUGCAAUGUGUUUCAGUAAACUUUUACAAGAUAAACCUAGAAAAGAAAACCUAGUUUGGUCACAGAUACAUCAGUGUGAGAGACUGACCGCAACUGCUACUAGUUGACUAAUGAGAAUUAGUAAUUUUAUUGAUCAGUUAGAUAGCCUUCGUCUAUAGUUCAAGUUGAGUCAAGUUGAACCAAAGACUGCACUUUCCUAGCUGUUGAGUGUUUGCUGUUACGUGGUAUCAUUUAAAAAUAUCCUGUCUGCAGUUCGUAUGCUAAACACUACGCACCGUAAAAUGCAAUUCUGAUGUAGAGUUUUAUUAGCCUUUAAAAAAAAACAAGCCAUAGACUGGAAACAAAGCUGUUUUAAGUUUUUUUUUUUUUUUUUUCUUUCAUUGAAAACACCACAAGUGCAAACCUGUGAAUAAAAAAAAAAGAAUGUAUUAUAAACAUUAUAUGAUUCAUGUAGAUAUUUUUACUUUAACAUAUCUUAAUCAGAUUGAUUGCAGAUUGAUUUGCCUGCAUUUUCUUUGCAGGUUUCACACUAGAAUGUUAUGUGUGACAUGCCACAAGUCGGCUGGUUUCUCCUUUGUUGAUUUUUAUCUAAAUAAAUAUAUUCUC